AUGGCGACAAGGCAGCUGGUCAAAGCGUUAUCUGACAACCUUCCCAUGAAUGUUCCUAUUCUCGCACUCGUUGAUGGCGACGCCUACGGCAUCGACAUCCUGUCCGUCUACAAGCAUGGAAGCACGGCCCUACGUCAUGAGAACGACCGUCUCGCAGCGAACCGUGUUGAAUGGCUCGGGCUUUGGUCUAGCGAACUCACGACGCUCGGCAUCCCGAAGGACGCGCUGCUUCCAAUCACGAAGUACGACGAGAAGAAGGCGCGCAAGCUGCUCCAGCGCGACGGCGUGCCAGCGGCUUGGAGGUGA